AAUGAUUAGGAUUUAGGAGUGAGAUUUAAAUAAAUAAAAGAAUUGAAUAAAUUAUUGUUAGAGAAAUAUAUGGUAACAUAUUGUUAGUAUAAAUUUAAGGUAAGACCAAAAAAUAAUGAAUUAAAUGAAAAAGUCCAAACAACUUUUAUAUGUAGAUUUUUUUAGACUCCUUCUCUUUUAAUAGUAUUGAUAUAUUUUUAUUUGGUAAUUAAUUAAUAAAGAGUAAUUAUCUAUUAUUAAAGUAACUAAAAGAGAAAAAAAAGAAGCAAAAACUAAACCUAAUUACGUUUCAUCAAUCAUCAUCGUAUCAUCUUCUUCUUCUUCUUAUUUUUUUAACAACAUAUCUUCUUCCUCUUAUUCAAGAAAAACACAAACUCAUCUUCCUCUUAUUCAUUGGUUUUUCCAAGUUUUUAUUUGAAAGCUUCGACUAGCAACAACAAAACAAUUCAGGUUUGUUAAAUAUUUACCAAGUGAUACCUUCUGUUCGCUGUGUAUAAAGAGAUAUUUAUUUACAAUUUUUUUUUAGUUCAAUGUCUUCGAAUCGAAUAAAGAAUGAAAAAGGAGGUGCAGCAAAAGUAAGAGAAAAGAAGAGGCAAGAAGCACUAACAAAUUCAAUGGCUGGUUUCAUGCUAAAGUAUGUUAAAAAAUCUAAACCUUCUCCACCUGAUGAAUCGGUAGAGGAAGAGAAUAAUAAAAGUAGCAAAGAAGCUACUGGGUUUGAUCAUGAUCAAGCUGAAAAGAGUGGUGAACAUAGCAACGAACAUGAGUUUGAUGAGAAUGAGAAUGAAGAGGAUAAAGAGUUUGGUGUUAAGGAGUAUCAGAUAGAUGGAGAUAUAAAUGAUCCUGGAAGUUGGGGAAAAGUUGAUAAAAGAAUGAGAGAUUUUCUGGUUGAAAAAGGUCCAAUGGCAAGACCUUCAAUUGAUUAUCACUUUCCAAGAGAUCAUCUAGGCAGGUGUUUUUCCCAUUCGUCUUAUACCAGAAAUAUAUUGAAUGGAGAGAAGCAAGACAAACUUACGAAUUUGUUGGCAACUACUGGGUCUGAUGAUUGGAGAAAUGUCUCGAAACUGCUUAAGGAACAUGAAAAAGGUCAUAAGCAUAUCACAUGCAUGAUUCAAUGGUUGGAGUUGGAAGAGAGAUUACAGAAGAAUCAGACAAUUGAUAAGCAUAUUCAAGAAGAGCUCAACAAAGAGAAAAAACACUGGAGAGAUGUGUUUCUGAGGAUAAUUGCAUUGGUAAAAGGUCUUGCUAAACAAAAUGUUGCAUUUCGUGGAAGUAGUGAUAAGAUCUAUGUAGAUGGUAAUGGGAAUUUCUUGGGCAUGGUUGAAGUAUUUGCAGAUUUUGACCCAGUGAUGAAAGAGCAUGUUAGACGGAUCGAGAAGCAUGAAACUCAUUAUCAUUAUCUCAGUCAUAGGAUUCAGAAUGAGUUGAUUGAUAUGCUUGGGAAUGAGAUCAAACAAAUGAUCUUAAAGAAGAUUCGGUAUGCGAAGUAUUUUUCAGUUAUUCUUGACACCACUCCUGAUAUCAGUCAUCGGGAACAAAUGUCCAUGGUUAUUCGAUGUGUGGAUAUUUCUGAGACUUCUCCAAAGAUUAAAGAAUUUUUUUUAACAUUUUUGGAAGUGAAAGACAAGACAGGAGAAGGGCUUUUUGACGCCCUUCAAGCUGCGUUGCAUAAUCUUGGGCUGAGCAUAGAUGACAUUAGAGGGCAAGGUUAUGAUAAUGGAUCAAACAUGAAAGGAAAAGUUAAAGGAGUACAAAACAGGUUGCUUGAAAUUAAUCCCAUGGCUGCCUACACACCAUGUGGUUGUCAUAGUCUGAAUCUUGUACUUUCUGAUAUCGCUUCCUCCUCAUCGAUAGCAAUAUCAUUUUUUGGAAUUAGUCAGCGCAUCUAUUGUUUGUUUGCUUCUUCUACAAACAACUGUGAUGUUUUCAGAGAGAUUGUGAAUGGUGUUACGGUAAAACCAUUAUCACAAACUCGUUGGGAAAGCCGCAUCCAAAGUGUUAAAGCAAUACGAUUUCAGGCUCCACAAAUACGAGAGGCUUUGAUUUACUUGGCUGAAAACAGUGCAAAUCCAGGAACAAAAAGUGAAGCCGAGUCUCUUGCAAUGAGUGAAACUUAUGGGAUUGGAAACUUUGAGUUUUUGAUUGGAAUGAUUAUUUGGUAUGAGCUUUUGUUUGUUGUUAACAAAGUAAGCAAGAUCCUACAGUCAAAAGAUAUGGAUAUUGAUAUUGCUAUUGCUCAAGUGAAAGGUCUUAUUUCUUUUUUUAAAGACUAUAGAGAAACAGGUUUCCAAGCAGCAAAAUUAGAAGCUGAAAAGAUUGCUAUUGCUAUGGAAAUUGAUCCUGUGUUCUCUGUGAAAGUAAAGCGGGUCAUUAAAAAGAAGCAAUAUCAUGAUGAAGAGCCUAGAAAAGAUGAUGGAGAUGUGAUAUUUACAGCAGAAGAAAACUUCAGGAUCAAUUACUUCAUCAAAAUUGUGGAUCAGAGUUUGGUUUCUUUCGAGAAAAGGUUUGAUCAGCUCCAAAGUUAUGAAAAAACUUUCGGAUUUUUGUUUGAUCUGAAGAAGCUGCAGUUGACAAAUGAUGAUGAACUGAUGGUUUCUUGUGUCAACCUUGAAGUUUUUCUCAAGCAUGGUGAUCGUUCUGAUAUUGAUGGUAAUGAAUUAUUUAUGGAGUUGAAGCUCUUAAGAGGGAGUUUACCAGCAAAUAUUCAGAAUGCUGCUGAGAUAUUAGAUUUUCUUAAGAAGGUGGAUAUUUGUUAUCCAAAUACAUGGACUGCAUAUCGUAUAAUGAUGACAAUUCCUGUAUCAGUUGCAUCAGCAGAAAGAAGUUUUUCGAAGUUAAAACUCAUAAAAUCCUAUCUACGGUCAUGUAUGUCACAAGAGAGAUUAAAUGGUUUGGCGAUCAUAUCGAUUGAAAGGAAGAUGACUAAAAAAUUGGACUACACAAGUUUGAUGAAUGAGUUCGCUAAUAACACUGCAAGAAGAAUUAUUUUUGAAGAAUAAUGUAUUUUCAUCUUUUAAAUACUUUGAAUAUUUAUGUUUUUGUUUGACAUUGGAUUUUUUUUAAUAUAUGUUUAAGGUUUUUUUAUAUACGAAAAACAGCCGAUUUUUUUCUUUCGCUUCUGGUCUUUCAAAACUCAAGACCGGCACUGGGGCUGACAAUAAUAUUUGUUAUAUUUCCACAUUAUUUUUGUUUGGGCCAUUUCAAAUAUUUUGUUUUUUUUAACAUCAAAUACUUUGUUUAUAUGAACAAAAAUUAAACACAUGAUUAUGUAACCUUUCGUUUUCUCUAUAUAAUUUAAACUUUCAUAAAAUAUUAGAAUAUUUAUAAUGAAAGACGUAAAUCUUUUGUUAAAAGAGUAUAUAAUAUUUUAUUAACAAGUUAAGUCAGUAAAAAAAACCUUAGAAAAAACAAUUCAAUACAUAAUAAAAUUAAUUGAUUAGAGAAAUACCACUUUAAAUUCUUUCAAAUAUAAAGUUCAAUUUUGUAAACAUAAAUACUCAUUUACAAAAUAAUAAUAAUGAAAGAUGAUAAUUUUAAGUUUUUGAAUACAAAA